CUCAUUUUCUGUCAUCUGUCAAUCUGUCGUUUAUGUUAUUGUGUUUUUGUGUAUUAUUUUUUAAUUUUUGAUAAUUUUUUCAAAUCUUCUUAACUUGGAGAUGGAUAAGAGUCUCUUUGAUCCAGAGAGUGUUAAUGACUAUUCAGAGAUGUCACAAAUAUCCCAGGGAACACCAGUACUUGCUGAUAGUGCUGAUCCUGAUGAACCCGAAGAAACACUUCAACAAUAUACCGUUGAAGAGUUGCUUAUCACGUGUGUUGAAGCGAGACCUCCAUUAUGGAACUCCAGGCUUUCCCUUAAGGAGAGAAGUAAAACAAUUCGUGACAGGCUGUGGUUGGAGAUUUUUCAAGAAUUUGCAGAAAAUCCUGAAUUCUCGCUAGAUUUUCUCAAAAAAAAUGGAGAAAUCUAAGAAACAUGUACGUGAGGGUAAGGGGUGAAUAUACUCCUAGUGGCUCAGCUGCUAAAAAGAAAAAAAAGUGGGAGUACUAUGACCAAAUGUCAUUUUUAAAUGACACAAUCAGCUAUAGGCCCACUGUGACAAAUGUUGUAUUUCAUCGACAGCAAGUAACCCAUCACCACUGACUUCGCCUAUUAGUGCUGAUGAGAAUCAUAAAAAACAUAAAAAAGUGCAAGGGGUGGAUAUGGCUAUAAUUGCUGCAUUAGAAACAGUAAACGCUCCACUCCCCAUUACACCAGCACCUACAACUCCCCCAAUAAACUCCAUAUGACAACGAAUUUGUCUUUGCUUACUGCUUA